AUGGAAAUAAUUAUCACAAGAACGCUGAACGUCUUUAAACAUAACACACGGCUGCUGAACGUUUUGAAAGAUAAUAUAAGGCUGCUGAACGUUUUGAAAUAUAACACACGGCUGCUGAACGUUUUGAAAUAUAACAUACGGCUGCUGAACGUUUUGAAAUAUAACACACAGCUGCUGAACGUUUUGAAAUAUAACACACAGCUGCUGAACGUUUUGAAAUAUAACAUAAGGCUGCUGAACGUUGUGAAAUAUAAUAUAAGUGAAAUUUAA